AUGGCUGUGCCCUUCGCAAUUGCCAACGCCGGCUUCAUCGGGGGCAUUGUGAUCUGCAUGGUGAUCACCGGGGCCUCCAUUGCUGGCUCGAACAUGCUGCUGCAGAUCAAGAGGCGCUAUCCGGACUCUGAAACCUUUGGAGACUUGGGCUUCAAGGUCUUCGGCCGUGCUGGCAUGGUCUUCGGAAAUCUGAUUCAGCUGGGGAACUUCUGCCUCUUCAUGCCUUGCGCGCUGCGCUUCUGCGCCGAGGCCCUGCAGGGCAUCGGAAGCAUCGGCCCACUCGGCGGCUGCACGGACUAUUACGUCUGGCUCGUGGCGAUCCUCUGCUUGCUGACGACGCAGGUUCGCAGCUUCAGCAACGCCAACUUCUUCACGCAAAUCUCCCUGGUGUGUAUCUUCGGCAUGAUCGUGUGCAUGCUGGCGGCGGCCUUCCAGUACGACAUCGACGAGAAGAUUCCCGCACACUUGGUCGGCAACCCCGAGACGGACCUGGGAAUCAUGGUGGUGAGGCUGGCCAGCGGCUGCACAGUCAGUGCCUGGGCUUACGUGCCUGCUUUCCUCACUGUGGAGCUCAGCGCCUGCAUGGAGAAACCGGCGGAGUUCAAGAAGUCGCUGCUUUUCGCCGGAGGCCUCAACGUUCUGAUCUUCCUCGUUGUGGGCAGUAUCGUGGUGGCGCGCUGGGGCUUCGGGGUCGGCGAAGUCAUCACCAUCACAGCAGGUGUCAGUGCCUGGGUGCCGGGGACUUGGGUGAACACGCUCUUCAACUUCUUUCAGCUGAUUGGAAACUUCGUCUCCUACAUGCUGGACUCGGUGCCGCUCUGCCGGUACUGCCAAAGGGCCUGGGCGCCAAGCUUCAAGGACACCUGGUCCGUGUCGGAUGUGCUGCGGUAUUUGGGCUACACGCUGCCGACCUUCAUCCUGGCCCUAAUCCUGGCCACCUUCACACCUUCCAUCGGGACGCUCCUGGACUUCGUCACGGCACUUACUACGCCUUGGGUCACCCAGAUCUACCCUGCGUUGCUGUACUGGAAGUUCCUCCGGGACAGCGAGAGCGAUGAGGGCGAUGCGGAUUCGGGAAAGUCCAGCCAGGAGUCUCGCUCCAAGCGGCCAGAAAUGCUGGCGGUGCUCUUCGUGCUCCUCGUGGGUUGCGUCAGCUUCGUCAUGUGCUCCGUGAAAGCGGUGGGCUACCUUGCCAUCGAAGAUCUCCGGCCCAAGUUUCAGAUCGGCUGCAGUGGUUGGGUCCUUUGGGAAUCAGCGUGA